ACCUCUAACCAAAAAAUUAGGGAAAAACAUAUGAAAGAAAUUGCAGCUGUAGAUAAUUAUAGCAAGUGCAGCUAUUAGUUUUCCGCGCCAGUGUUGACUUCGAGGGCCUGCCUUUGAAGUAACGCCAAUUGCGCGCCUUUCGAGUGAAACUUUUUGAGGAGCGCCCCAGGGAUUCGGAAUUCGUAUCGCCAUGGACUCAGCCACCAAUCUGCUGGAGCAGCACAGCUCGACGGGUGAUUUGCACAGUGGAGCACCCGAAGUGGAGGUGACCACCCAGGCCAGGGUCACCUAUUCCAUGGAUUCAGCUGGAAAUUCCACGGCCGAGGGAGCGACCACCACCACGGCCACUCUGCGAGGCUCAGGAUCCGAGGAGGACAUCUUCGAACAGGUUGAGAUGAUCCUGCGCAAGCGACGCGGCUGGGGGCCGGAGGAUUCUCUCAGCGCCAAUGAUCUGGACCUUCUGGGGUAUGACGAUGAGUUGGCCGAGGAGGAUGACGCCGGUUGUCCUCUGCCUUCCACUCCGGAGGACACACAGCUCAUCGAGGCGGAGAUGACGGAAGUGCUGAAGGCUGGCGUUCUAUCCGAUGAAAUUGAUUUGGGCGCAUUGGCCCACAAUGCCGCCGAGCAGGCGGAGGAGUUUGUGCGCAAGGUUUGGGAGGCCAGCUGGAAGGUGUGCCACUACAAAAACCUACCCAAGUGGCUGCAGGACAACGACUUUCUGCACCGCGGCCAUCGCCCACCGCUGCCCUCGUUCCGCGCUUGCUUCAAAUCCAUUUUUCGCGUUCACACCGAAACGGGCAACAUCUGGACACAUUUGCUGGGCUGCAUCGCCUUCAUCGGGGUGGCUUUGUACUUCAUAUCGCGGCCUUCGGUUGAGAUUCAGACGCAGGAGAAGAUCGUCUUUGGCGCCUUUUUCGUCGGCGCCAUCGUAUGCUUGGGAUUCUCAUUCGCCUUUCACACACUAAGUUGCCACUCUGUAGAGAUGGGAAGACUGUUUUCUAAACUUGACUACUGUGGAAUUGCGCUGUUGAUCAUGGGCUCCUUUGUGCCUUGGCUGUACUAUGGCUUCUAUUGCCAUUAUCAGCCGAAGGUGAUAUACUUGUCGGUGGUGUGCGUUCUUGGCGUUCUCUCCAUCGUUGUCUCGCUGUGGGACAAGUUCUCGGAGCCGGGCCUUCGGCCCUUGCGCGCUGGCGUGUUCAUGAGCUUUGGCCUGUCCGGUGUGAUUCCAGCUAUUCACUAUAGCAUCAUGGAGGGCUGGUUCAGCCAGAUGAGCCGCGCCAGUCUGGGAUGGCUAAUCCUGAUGGGCCUCCUCUACAUCCUUGGCGCCCUGCUGUAUGCUCUCCGUGUCCCAGAGCGUUGGUUCCCCGGAAAGUUUGACAUUUGGGGCCAAUCACAUCAGAUAUUCCACAUACUCGUCAUUGCAGCUGCCUUCGUGCACUACCAUGGCAUCUCCGAAAUGGCUAUGUACCGGGUGAUGUACAGCGAGUGCACCGUCCCCAUCGAACCGAUAUCCUUCUAGAUGCUGAAGCGGAGGCCAAGGAACAAUCAUCGUAAUAGCACAUACAAUCCCAUACAUUUUCAUAAACAUAUUGUUGCGAAGUAGCGCAGUUUUACAAUGCAACCUUUUUUGCGUUAGGUGAGCAUUUGUACCUUGUUAUACAAAUUCGACGGAACCACACGCAAGACGCAAAAACACACACGAAUUACGCGCAUUUAUCAUCAAAAUCUUACAUCGUAUAAUGGAAAAACUAGCAAAAGAAAAAGUUGAUUGUCGAAUGAAAUCUGCAGUAGAGUAAUUAAUAUAUGUACAAUUAUUUAUAAAAUUCCAAUUCGUCUCUUUAUGGUAUCCCAAGUGGAUCGACCUUUCGGGUAGUGCUGAAUUGCUUGCAUCUGGACUUGGUAAAAGGCCAAACCUUCGCCAGGCAUCAUCGCCAGAUGAUUUUCGCUCAGGGCUAUCAUUGCUAUAGAAAUGUUCGAAGGGCCAGCCAAGCAAUUUCUACUUAAGUUAUGCAAUUAGUUAACCCUUUUGUGGCAUUAGUAUUUACUGCAUUAGUUUGUUAGGCUUGUAUGGAGUAAUGAACAUACGUUUGAAUCGUUAAAUGAGGUCUGAUUUUUCUCAAAAACAACACUGCACACCAUAUAUUCUACAUCCAUACACACCACACACACUGAUAACAGGACACCGCAUUGGAGCCCAAGAUAUUAUAUCACCCAUAUACAUUAUAAUUGCAGAUCUAUCACAAAGCAUAAAGCGAAUCAAAACAAUAAAAAAAUGAAAAGACUUCUAAA